UGGGACAAUAUAUUGUGUGAGUUUUUUCUUAAUUCAAUAUAUUCAUUCAACUAAGGACAGUGUGUGAAACAGACUAAUCAAUAAGGUUUCUUCAUAGAGAAGGAGAAAAGAAAUUGAUAUAGACACCCCCCUUAUAAAAGAUAGAAAGUUGCAAAGAGGAUCAUAUCUGAAGAAAAAGACUGGACCCUCUUUCUGUCACAGCCUACAACUUUAGAUUAUAUUAGAUAUUAUUACUUUGACAACAAUAAGCUUUGAUCUUUCUUUGCUUCUCUUUAUACAAUUCUAAUUAUUGAUCAUUCUUAUAAGGAUAUGAGAAUGGUCUAAAGAAUAUUUAUGCAUGGCGAGCCAAAGAAUAGGAGAACUUGAUUUUUCUGAGACAGGACAUUCAACUCAUCAUGUCCCUUAUGGAAUUCAUCAUAGGAUUAAUAAUAAUAAUCCUUCAUCAAGCUUAAUGAAUGAAGAAUCUGGUUUUGAUUUUGGGGAGCUAGAAGAAGCAAUUGUUUUGCAAGGAGUUAAGAAUGGAAAUGAUGAAACAAAAGCAUCUUUUUUCACAGCCAGACCUGCUGCUACACUGGAAAUGUUCCCUUCUUGGCCAAUGAGAUUCCAUCAAACCUCAACAGUAGGAGGUGGUAACAAAUCAGGAGGUGAAAGCAGUGAUUCAGCACUAUCAAGCAAAAAUGAGAACCCUUUUGAGCCAGAAUCACCCUUAAGUAGUAAAAAAGCAUCUUCUUUUUCAUCAGAUCAUAAUAAUAAUAUGGAUCAGCAGAAUCUUCAGCUACAACAACAGAAGAUGAUAAUAUCCAAUGAUGCUUCUGCUGCUAUAAGAACAGCCUCUUCAUCACAGAAUCAAAUAUCAGCAGCAGCCAAAGAAAAGAAAAAAGGAGCUGGUUCAACAUCAGAUAAGCCACUUGAUGCAAAGACAUUGAGACGUUUAGCACAAAACAGGGAGGCUGCAAGGAAAAGUCGUCUAAGGAAAAAGGCUUAUGUGCAACAACUUGAGUCAAGUAGAUUAAAGCUUACACAAUUGGAACAAGACCUUCAAAGAGCACGCUCUCAGGGUAUGUUCAUGGAUUGGAGUGGUGGUGUUGGAGGCAAUAUAAGCUCUGGAGGUGCAAUGUUUGACAUGGAAUAUGGAAGAUGGUUAGAAGAAGACAACCGUUUAUUAACGGAGUUAAGAAACGGAUUGCAAGCGGCGUUAACAGAUAAUGAAAUGAGAGUAAUGGUGGAUGGAUAUUUGUGUCAUUAUGAUCAAAUAUUUAGACUCAAAGGUGUCACUGCUAAAUCAGACGUGUUUCAUCUUAUCAAUGGCAUGUGGACUUCUCAAGCUGAACGUUGCUUCCUUUGGAUUGGUGGUUUUAGACCUUCUGAAAUUAUCAUGAUGUUGAUCCAACAAUUGGAGCCACUAGCUGAGCAGCAGAUAAUGGGGAUGUAUGGACUGAGGCAUUCUUCUCAGCAAGCAGAGGAAGCUCUCUCACAAGGACUUGACCAGUUGCAACAGUCUCUUGUUGACACCAUUGCUGGAGGACCCCUUGUUGAUGGUGUUCAACAAAUGGUUGUUGCUAUAGGCAAGCUUUCCAAUCUUGAAGGUUUUCUUCGCCAGGCCGAUAACUUGAGGCAACAAACUCUUCACCAAUUAUGUCGAUUACUCACACUUCGUCAAGCAGUACGCUCUUUUCUUGUUAUUGGAGAAUAUUAUGGACGACUUCGAGCUCUUAGUUCUCUUUGGGCAUCAAGACCACGAGAGAACAUGAUCAGUGAUGAUAACUCAUGCCAAACAACAACAGACAUGCAAAUGGUUCAACCUUCUCAGAAUCAUUUCACAAAUUUCUGAUAGAUGUAUAAUUAAAGUCCUACAAGUGGUUCUUGUUUGGCUGCUUAAUUUAGAAAAUGUCAGUUGUUAUCUAGGAAAAAUUAUUUAUUUAUUUUACUUUUCAAUCAUCUGUUCUGGUGCCUUUAUGUUUAUUGUACAUGUAAAUUGAGCUUUAUGUGCAUGAUGAGGAAGCUCCAAUCCAACUUUAGCUAAAGAGAAAUAGAAAAACAGUUUAUGAAAAUUGAAAAGGUGCCUGCGAGAUAUAGUUAAAGUAUCCAAAAAAUUAA